CAGCCUGCAGUAGAGCUCUCUCUCUCUCUCUCUCUCUCUCAGAGCAAAAUCUCACCGUCAAAUCCCACCCAAUUCCAAUCUAUUCAAUUCCCGAAUCCCAGCACUCCAAAAUCCCAUUUCAAACCUCUGCUUCACCAUCCCUUCCCAUGGCCGCAACCCUUUCCAACUCCUCACCAAAGCACCUCCUUCUUUCCCCCUCCAAUUCCAGACCCUUCUCUACAUUCCUAGCUAAUUUGAAAAUUACCCAUUUGCCCUUCCACGGCAGAAAUGUCAGAUGGUUGCCUGCGGCGACCCGUCUUCCUGUCUCGAAUUCUCAGCUCAAGGAGAAGUGGUUGGAUUCCCUUUCUUGCCCCUUUGUGGAAAGGGAUGGGGAUUUGGGAAUCGAUGGGGUGGUGACGCCUGGAAGCGAUGUGGGCCCCGAAUGGGUGGUCGGGAUUGAUCCUGAUGUUUCCGGUGCUCUGGCGCUCUUGAAAGUCGACGGUGAUUCAGGUGUCUCCGCCCAGGUUUUUGAUACUCCUCAUGUGAAAGUGUUGAUUGGCAAAAGAGUUCGAAAACGCCUAGACGCAAAGUCAAUUGUUGAAUUGCUUCGCAGUUUCAAGGCACCACUUGGAACUGCUGCAUACAUCGAGCAAUCAAACCCCUUCCCAAAAGAUGGCAAGCAGGAUGAUAGCAGGAAGGCUGCGUCCGUAUUAUUUCCAUCUCUUAGCCCCCUUUUAAAGAGGAAGAAGGAUCAUGGCAGGGCUGAGGCUCUCCUAAUUGCUGCCUAUGGGAAAGGCCUUAGAGUACCACCAGAGACCUGCAAUACGUAGAACUAGACAUCUUGGUAUGGUGGUUUUGGCAUGUUGCCUGGAUUUUCUUCACCACAGCAGCUUUUGAUCAAAUGGUAGGUGUUUCUUGGAAAGAGAAGGCAUGGGAAGAAGUGGAUAGUUCCAUGUUGGGGAAAGCAUGAUGGGGCAUAAAUGGGCUGGGCCAUGGUUUUGAUGCGGAUAUUUAACUUAUUGGCUUGGUCUUGUCUGUCGGGGCCCAUUCGAUUUCUUUUUUGUCAGCCCAUAUAGACCCUUAGGUAGUGGUGAAGUGAAUGAAGCAGCCAAAAUAUUCCAAUCACUCAGGUAGUUGCCUUCAGUGGGUUUCAAGCUUCAGAUUUUUUCUUUUCUUUUCUUUUCUUCCAUUGACUUCAAGUUUUCGAGUUGCGGCGCUAAUUUGUAUCAUUACAGUCUAAUUCAUCUCCCUUAAGAAAUGCUAGGGAUUAUCAGCAUGGAGUGAUCUAAUCCCUGACCCUGUGAAUGUGUAUUGCACUCGUUUUUCAGUAGGUACAAGUGGGGCCCUGGGUUGUGUGGUCCAAACCAUUGGCCUGAUGCAGCCACAUGCCUCUGAUUGGAAGACCUUAGCCACCAACUUGGGCCUCGUUUGAGUUGAAUGUGGACCAUUGAUGCAUUCCAUUUCUUUACAGUAUUUAGAGGAAGUUACAAAAGUUGGUGACUUGAAACUCA